CAACUACUCGUUCUUGGUUAAUUCUAUAAUACACCCAUCAUGCUGCUGGAAGAUCAGCGAUAUAUCCAUGAGGAUCUGGAGCGGCUGGAGCAAGGCAUCAGCGACCGUGCCCUCGACGAGCCGAAGCAUAUUCGUGACCGGCUGAGCCGUGAUCACCAGAUUGCUGGCUUUUUAGAUAGAAUUCAUGAUCAAUCGAAGCGCCUCCUUGAUAUUUACAAAGAUGCCGACGGCGCAAGAUCACGAGAAAUCCAAGCCAUCUCGACAGGCGACCCUUUCGAUGAAUUCUACAAGCAGCUCAAUGAGAUCAAGGACUUUCACCGGCGAUACCCCAAUGAGCCUGUCGAGAAUCUGGAGCGUGCAUAUAAGAAGCGGGCACCGGCUGAAGGCGAAACGGUGACGUCCGAGGUUGACAACAUGUUCACGGGCGAGGAAGGGUUUGGUCGCUUUUGGGAUUUGCAUAUACAGCACGAACGAUAUCUCAAUCUACCCGGCAUCAAGCGAAUUUCCUACCUUCAAUAUCUCGACACUUUCGACAUCUUCGCGCCACCUCAAUGUCUGAUUAAGAGAACUGAUAAGAGAACGGAGACAUACUUCAAGUACGUUAGUGAGCUAGCAGAUUACUUGGAGAACUUUAUGCGACGGACACGCCCGUUGGAGGACUUGGACAAAGUUAUUUCCGGGUUCGAUGAAGAGUUUAUCAAGGAAUGGGAGGCGAAUUCGGUGGCGGGCUGGGAAGAAGGUGGUCAAACGGCUGGACCCGCUGGACCUGUCACAGAGGGCACUGGAGAGGGCAUCUGGUGCGCCGACUGCGAAAAGGAGUUCAAAAACGAAAACGUGUACAGGAACCAUAUUACCGGGAAGAAGCAUAUUCGUGCUGCCGAAGAAAAGCGCAAACAAGCCGAGGCCGGCCAGAAUGGGACACCAAACGGUUCCGCUGCAGGUGCAACCAUUCAGCGGUUAAAAGACCGCGCCAUUGCCGAACGCGAGUUUCGGGUACAGAAGCUGGCCAAGGCGAUGCAGGAUGUACGAAGCGAUACUCGUGUCAACGUUGAGCGCAAACAGGGCAUGACAGAACGAGAGCGACAAAUGGAGCUGGACGCCCUCUUUUCCGAAUCGACCGAGACAGCUGCCCGUGGUGCAGAGGAUGAAUCUGACGAAGACGAAGACGAAAGGCUCUACAACCCACUCAAGCUACCGAUGAACUGGGACGGCAAGCCGAUCCCAUUCUGGUUGUACAAGCUGCACGGCUUGGGCCUCGAAUUCAACUGCGAAAUCUGUGGAAACUUUGUAUACCAGGGCCGCCGAGCGUUUGACAAGCAUUUCAACGAGGCUAGACAUCUUUACGGCCUCAAAUGUUUAGGAAUCACAAACGCGACACUGUUCCGCGAAAUUACAGGGAUCGAGGACGCUCUGAAGCUGUGGGAAAAGAUUCAGAGAGACAAGAAGCAGGAAAAGGCCUCGGUGGAGAACGUGGUGCAGAUGGAGGACGCCGAGGGAAACGUCAUGCCGGAAAAGGUCUACUACGAUCUCCAAAAGCAAGGUCUUCUAUAGAUAUAUCAUGGGUCCAAGAGAAAAAGGAUGGGGCGUUCCUGGUUGGGAUUUCUGCUGUUGCGCGCAAUGCCAUGUAUUGUACAGUAACUGGAA